AUGCGUUUGUUUCCUGGCGGCGAAUUGUUAUAUAUUUUUUUCUCUUUUUUUUUUUUUUUUUUCUUUUUUAUUAUUAUUUUUAUUGAAUCGCUCUUAGCGGUAGAGGCGGCGAAUAUGUUGUACCCGCCGCAGAAGAGCGUUUUUUCUGCCGUCGGCCAGGACGGCACGCAACCCCACGGCGACAGCAUGGCGUUGCUAGAGGCGUCGUCGACUCGGUAUAUUCAACAACUUGAGGUGGAGGUGGCGGAGCUCACGCAGCAGUACGACGCCGCGUGCCAGCUGCUUUACCACGCCGUACUUGUGCAGGAUGCGUCGGCGAUUGUGAUGGACGAGUGCGAGGCACGAGGUCUCAUCGUAAAGGACGAGUCGGCCGCCCACAGCGACUUAUUGUGGCUCUUCUUCCGGGUAACGACAAUGCGGCGACAGGUGGAGUCGGCCAUGAUGCCACGGGGCAGCGAGAGGGCCACUGCGCCGCCGCAAACCGAGUCAGAGAUGAAGUUGGGCAAAAUACCCGAAUGUGUUGUGAAUGCACUGCAGGGUUCACUUCGGGAGGAGAACGAGCGGCUCACGAGGCUGCUGGAGGCGAUCCCGCAGAGGGUUUGCAGCGCACUGACUGUCAGGGAUGCAGCGGGCGUAUUGCCGGUGACUUCGCCGUCAGCGAGCCACGAUUUAGCGCAGGCCGAUGCAGUUCGUAACGGCUCUACGGAUGUCAAGCAGCGCCUCGAGAGCAUCGUAACGCGCAUUGAUGAGAUAGUCAAGAGCCUAAGGCAAACAGGCAAGCCGGAUGCAGAGCCCACGCGGACGGAAGAUCAUGUAGGAAUUCACGUUGCAUCGCUGCAGAAUGUAGUGAAAUGCUUAGAGAAAUUGUCAAUACGUAUAGAGGAGAUAUUAGACCGAUACAAGAAUGAUGUCAAGUCCAAUUCUUCCCCUUGGCCAAAUCAGACGCCAAAAGCAGAAGAACCGCGCGCAUCCCAAGCAGAAACAUCAGUUUUGACCUCUAAAGUACCCCAGGAUAUGCCGCUACUGCGGAGACUUGCAUACAGUUCAGUUGCCACACUGGAGUCUUUGUUUUCGGAGUACAUGCUUGCGAUUGAGCGAAUGCAGAUGAUGGCUGAAAAAGAAAUGCAUGUUUUCUCGUCGGUUCAAGAUCGGUGGAAAAUGUUGCGGUGGAAUGCAUGUAUGGAGGAGAAGGCAUGUGAGAUCCAACGUCUUCAGCGUGAGGUAGAGAGACUAGAAAACCAGGCAGUUAUUAGAGAUGCCAAGGAUGCUGCGGCUGCCAAUACCAAUGCCGCGACUACUACCAAUGCCACACAAGCAACCAAAUUCCCGCCAGCGCUUGCUCAGUUGUACGCGAAGUUUGCGGCUCCAUUUAUUCCAACAAAUGCACGCAUACCCCGGGCUACGAAGAUGAAGAGCAUUCACACGCUGCGCACGGAGGCAAUGCGCGUGGGAGCCCGUCCGGCUUCAGCGCUCUCUGCUGCUGCUGGUGAAGCCGCUCUUGUGUCCCCUCAAAGUACUGCUUUGGUUGUUCGUGGCGCCGAUGCCGCUUUCACGGGGCAAAACUCGUCCGACACCUCAAAGCCUGAGGUGGAGAAGAAAGACAAUGGUGUUCCGCCACCAGAACAACCGGCGCGUCACGCGUCGGUGGAAUCCGCCGCCUCUUCCGCUAGUUGGAAUGCGACGCAACAGGAAGAAGUGAAUCAAAAGGAAGCCGAAGAGAAUGUGGCACCGCAGAAGUUGGACCGUUAUGCUUCCGUGUCGCCACGUAGCGUUGCCACGAUCAGCAGCGGCGCGUUACCGGAGGAUGUUGCUGUGAUGACUGAUGAUGGCGCCGCCAGAAAGGCCGCCAGCCUCUCAGUAGUAGUGGGUGAGAAAAGAGAGAGCGGAACGAUGGGCAUUGUUAUCCGUCGGCUGCAGCGAGAUGGUUCAAUGUCAAGCUGCACCACUUCGGGCACUGACGGCACCAUUUCCUCUGUGCAUGUUGAGGGCGGUGAGGCACACGACGACACCCACGGGGCAUCAAAGCCGGCGGUGGUAGAGAACUCAUUUGACGAGAGUAGUGACGUCCCACCCAAGACACGUCAGGGUGAGUUGGUGACAUCUUUUAGUGGGGCAAAUUCAAAGAAAGACCACAGGAGCGAUGGCGUGGAUGGCCCCGCCUUCGCCGUUUUGUUAGAGGGGAGAGGAAAGGAACUGGCGAGCGGGUCGCAACACCCGAUCAACCAAACUGUCGAGUCAAGUUCACUCUCCUCCACAUCCAUCACGCUGACGCUGGACACCUCGGAAAAAUGUGGCAAUAAACGCCAGCGAACAGCAGCGAAACGAAAUGAGGGGACGCGCAAUAAACGCCUCUCCUCGGACUGGGAUGAUAGUUCUCCGAAGGAUGUCGUCGGCGAAAAGAAGAAGGGGGCCAAGAGUCAUAGCCCCAGCACUCGCGCUAGAACGGUUGUCUCUGGCUUAAAGGCUCUUUCUUUCACCUCUCAUCGAUGA